UGUGUACCUACUUCGGUGUUGUGUAGGGGAGUUCGGUUUGAUUCCGCUAAGCGGACCGGGGGCAGAACCGAGCCAAACCGUCCUGGAUCCGCUGGCUGUCCGCCUGGAGGGAAGCACAGACCCUGUUCUGUUCGGACCCCCUACCUGUAUGGGACACGAUGAGAUGUUUCCACCUGAACAAUGAGACCUGUGUCAACGGAUCAAUGGUGCGGUUGUGGUGCGGCUCUCAGACGGACGUCUGUUUGAUCUCUACGGAUCUGAUCGACACACAACUGAAUAACACUCUUCAGACACCAGGUGUUCAGUCGUCCUACAACACCUGGCUGGGGCUGAGUCUGGCGCUGCUGUCGGCCUUCCUGAUUGGUGGCAGUGUCAUUCUGAAGAAGAAGGCUCUCCUUCGAUUGGCCAGCAAUGGACACACCAGAGCAGGAGAUGGGGGCCAUGGAUACCUGAAGGAUGGUCUUUGGUGGGGUGGCCUGCUCACCAUGGGAGCCGGGGAAGUGUGUAACUUUGCUGCCUACAUGUUUGCUUCGGCCACCCUGGUGACUCCGCUGGGUGCUUUGAGCGUCCUCAUCAGUGCAGUUCUGUCCUCCUACCUGUUGGGGGAGGUGUUGAACAUGGUGGGGAAGCUUGGCUGUUUCCUGUGCAUACUGGGAAGCAUUCUGUUGGUGAUUCACGCACCACAGGAACAGGAAGUCACAUCACUACAGGAGAUGACUGGCAAGCUGCUGGAGCCUGGGUUCCUGGUCUACGCUGUGGCAGUGUUGCUUCUGUGUGUGGUGCUCGUUUUGUAUUUCUGUCCUCGCUCUGGUCGCACCAACAUCCUGAUCUACAUCAGCAUCUGCUCUCUGCUGGGAGCCUUCACCGUCUCGUCAGUGAAGGGCCUCGCCAUCGCCAUCAACACAAUGGUUUAUGAUGUUUCCGUUCUGGCUCAUCCUCUCUCCUGGAUCCUGCUCCUCACCCUCAUCGUCUCCAUAGUAACACAGGUGAACUACCUGAACAAGUCUCUGGACGCCUUCAACACCCUGCUGGUGUACCCCAUCUACUACGUCCUCUUCACCUCAGUGGUUCUGUCCACCUCCAUCAUCCUCUUUCAGGAGUGGAGAGGCAUGUCAGCCGUGGACAUCAUCACCACGCUGAGCGCCUUCCUGGUCAUUGUGGUGGGCGUGGCCAUGCUGCACCUGUUCAAGGACCUGCAGAUUACGUUGAGUCAGGUGACCAAUCAGCUGUCUCAGCCAGUGGAGAGGGAGGGGCUUACAGACAAGGUCACAGCCAGUGGAGGAGGAAGAGGGAGGAAUAUGAAGGAGGAUAAAUAUGGACUGAUGAACAACGAAGUGAUACAGAGCCUUCCUCCGAUGAGGGAGGAGGGGCCCAGAGUCUUCAUCAUCAGCUGAGGAGGAGGAGGAGGACUGUUACUUUAAUCUUCAGCACUUUGUCAAACGUUCAGAUCUGUAUCAGUUAUUUUCCAAAUGGUAGUGAUGGGAUUUAUGGCUCUUUCAUGGGAGCCGUUCAUUAGUCGGUCGUUUAUCUCAAAGAGCCGUUCAAAAGACUGGCUCCUUUGAACGAAGUGAAGCCAAGAGAAC